AUGACCUUUUCCACAACUGCUAUACAACCGGCGGAACUCCCGACGUACAGCAUUCAAAACGGAUCUCGGGCUAUUCUGACCGGAUGGGGACAGACGUCUGAAAGUGACCCUUACUAUUCUGACGUUCUGAGGGAAGGGAAGGUGACGAUUUCCCAUGACAAAGAAUGUGAAGACUACUAUGGACUGACAUACCCUCACACUAUCUGCGUCAUGACUGGUCAUGGAAGCGCACCUUUCUGUCAGGGUGACUUCGGCAGCACUCUGUACUUCCAAGGGAUGGUCCACGGCAUUGCGUCCUUCUACUCUGCUGCAGGAUGUGACAGUGAUGGAGGUGAUGUCUAUACUCGCAUCUACGACUUCGUGGACUGGAUUAAGUCGCACACUGGCCUUCCAUAGUGAAACCUUCUCGAGAUGAGUUCAAGAGACAUAAUAUAAAGAUGUAAAAGA